AUGGUUAACGAGGACGAAGUCAAAACGCCUCUGACUGGCAAAAGAGUACUGCCUCGUUUAUUCACAAGUGAGAAUGUGCAAUUGGUCGUCCUCGUUUUAGCCAUUGCUGGAGGCGCCUUGGCUUGUAUUGCAUUGCUAAAGUUACUUUUCCCAGGAUUGUUCUGGCUGUCGGUUGUCUUGGUUGUUAUUAUUACCGUAUUGGUCGUUCACAGACAACAAAGCAUAAAAUACAGGCAGCGUGAUUUUGGCGACGAAGAGUCGUCGAUGUACUACUGA